UCCUCUCAUGGAGUGCCCACCUCCUUCCUUUGCUUCCACUCUCUGCUUUCUCGUUCUCGUUUCCUUCUCCUUUCUCUCUCCUGGGCUUCCCGUCUUUCAUGCAUCCUCUGAGGGCCACCAGUGCUUCAGGCUGUGCGGCUCAGAGAAGGCGCGAGUCCUCGCGGGACAGGCGCGAGGUGCAGAGCAGCGAAAGCGCGGGGCGCGCACAGGGGCGCGCGCCGGGCAGCCGCGUGGCCGGGCGGCCGGCUGGGAAGCGGCGCGCGCGCGCCCCGCGAGCCCCUGGCGCGCCCCCGGCGGCCGGGGCCGCAGCGUGCUCGCCCCCGCCGCCAGCUCGCCUCACUUAUGGGUCGGAAGCGCUGCGUGGGGGAGACUGUUCCAAGAUGGCGGCGGGUUGCUGCGGGGUGAAGAAGCAGAAACUGUCCAGUUCGCCCCCCUCUGGCUCGGGUGGCGGUGGUGGCGCCUCCUCCUCCUCCCACUGCAGCGGAGAGAGCCAGUGCCGAGCUGGGGAGCUGGGACUAGGAGGCGCCGGCACGCGGCUCAACGGGCUGGGAGGUCUAGCCGGAGGAGGUAGCGGCGGCGGCUGUAACCUCUCUCCCCCCCAGGGCUGCGGCGGCGGCGGCGGGGGGAUUUCCCUGUCGCCACCUCCGAGCUGCGGAGUGGGGACCCUACUUUCUACCCCGGCCGCCGCCACCUCUUCCUCGCCCUCCUUGUCGUCCGCCGCUUCGUCCUCAUCGCCCGGCUCCCGGAAGAUGGUGGUGUCAGCGGAGAUGUGCUGCUUUUGCUUCGAUGUGCUCUACUGUCACCUGUACGGAUACCAGCAGCCCCGGACCCCCCGGUUCACCAACGAGCCCUACCCACUGUUUGUAACGUGGAAGAUCGGUCGAGACAAAAGAUUGCGUGGAUGCAUAGGUACUUUUUCUGCCAUGAAUUUGCAUUCAGGACUCAGGGAGUACACACUUACCAGUGCCCUUAAAGAUAGCCGUUUUCCCCCAAUGACAAGGGAUGAGUUACCACGGCUCUUCUGCUCAGUCUCUCUGCUCACUAACUUUGAAGAUGUCUGUGAUUAUUUGGACUGGGAGGUGGGUGUACAUGGCAUUAGAAUAGAAUUCAUCAAUGAAAAAGGAUCAAAACGCACCGCCACCUACCUACCGGAGGUUGCAAAGGAGCAAGGAUGGGACCAUAUUCAGACCAUAGACUCCUUACUGAGGAAAGGAGGCUACAAAGCUCCAAUUACUAAUGAAUUCAGGAAAACCAUAAAACUGACCAGGUACCGUAGUGAAAAGAUGACCCUGAGCUAUGCUGAAUACCUUGCUCAUCGCCAGCAUCAUCAUUUCCAAAAUGGCAUUGGGCAUCCCCUUCCACCAUACAACCAUUAUUCCUGACACUGAGCCGCACAACCAGUCACUGGGCCUCUCUGCAGACCUCUUCCCAGGAGACCCUACCCCUUCUUGGUCUAGCUAUCUCUUUUACUGUACCAUUUUAUGAUGAUAGUUUCCGUUGCCAUGAUGAAGCUUGGACAUCGUCAGUUAAGAUCAUCAUGGUAACGGGUAGGAAAAUGACAUUUGUUAAGAAUUUUCUGUUUUAUUAUUUUAGGUCAUUGAUUUUUUUUUUUGCAGCAUAUAUAACUUUUGGGGUUUUCUUUCCUCACAAUAUCAUGUAGAAUUUUGUUUUGCUCUCUAAAUCAGGUUUCUGUCUUUCUGUCCUUCUUGCCUUCCUCCCUGUCUCGUUUCCUUCCUCCUUUCUGUCUUCUCUUCCCUCUUUCUUUCAACUGUGGAUGGAAGAAAUUGUGCAGUUUUUAAGGAUUUUAUUUAGGUUUUUCUUUAGUUUUCUUCAGUAAGAUAGAUAAUUUUUGAUAGGUGAGUUUGGGAGCAAUUCAUAUCAAAUUCAGGUAUUUGCAUAUGACUCGAAUUUGUCUAAAAUUAAGUUUGCUGUGAGGGCUUAGUAUGUGGAUCUUCACUCCUUAGGUGUGUGUUUUUCCCAUGGUUAAAAUAUAUGAACUUUAGUUCUAGUAUAGAACAUUCGAAGGUCCACGAUAGGGCUUGUCACAGAGAGUGAGAAACCAUGUAUGCCUAUUUUGCUGGUUAUCACUGAAGAGAUGGCCUCAUCACUUUAUAGAACCAACUUACAAACGACAACACUGUUUUAAGAAAGUGCAAGCUACCUUUCAAAUAUGCUACAAAAAUCAUUUUGAAGAGCAGUAAAUAUGAGGAAGAGAGCAGAUACAGAAUUUAGUGCCUUUGAGAAGAAUAUACUUAAAUUGAAUGGAGAGAGGUUAGGGGGGAAAAGGCAAUUUAGAGAAAUAGUCUUAUAAAAUUUUAUUGUUUCUAUAUGUGAAACAACAGAUGAGACAAAUUCCUUACUCCUAAGUAUUUUUUUAAGGUGAAAAAAAUUUAUUUUGAGCAACUAACCAAAAAGAGACAUUUGUCUAUGAUAUAUUAAUUUAAAUUCGUUAGCUUUAGGUUUCAAGAAAUCAUGAUUGGUCAGAGAUAAUUCUAGCUACUAUUUAAAGAAAAUAGUAAAGAGAAUCUAGUGAAACAAAAGUUCAUAUAUUGCCAUGAUUUCAGAUUAUGUUUGUCAUGGGGACAAUACUGGAGUCUUUCUGCACUACAUACUUUUGAUAGAAACACCUUUACUGUGCUGGUAAGAUGUUACGUUAUGUUACACCUAUAAAAUUGGUAUUUAGAGAUGAUAUAGUUGUCAGAGCCCAGCCCAUUGGCCGGUCUGGUCUUCUCCCCCUGGGCAUGCAAAGAGAACUUCAGUAGGAAGUCUCUGUGGGUAUCCCCAGGAAAAAAUGACAGAUGAUUCUGGAGAAAGAUUACCUUCAUUUUACUAUAAAACUGUGUGUGU